ACCCUGCCAACUUUCACGGAGCGACACAAAAGCCUCCCAGUACAGAGCUAUGCUGCCCACAAGCCCUCACCUCGCGCUCCCAACUGCCCUGUAGCGGGCCAACUGCCAUUCCUGGGGCUGGGGUCCAGGACGCCAGGCCAUGUGGCUCAUCUUCAUUCUGCUGAGCGAGCUGAGUGGACUUGGCGGCCUUAUCGAGCCCCAAACAGAAGGCGCUCACAAGAGAUUACAAGUGCACGUCACAGUGCCAGAGAAAAUCCGGUCCGUCUCAAGUGAAGGCUACGAAUCCCAGGUGGUCUACAAUAUCAAAAUUGAGGGGAAAACAUACACUCUGAACCUAAUGCAAAAAGCGUUCUUGCCUCCCAACUUUAGAGUUUACAGUUAUAACAAUGCAGGGAUUAUGAAGCCUCUUGAGCAGGAUUUUCAGAAUGUCUGCUACUUCCAAGGAUACAUUGAAGGUUAUCCAAAUUCUUUGGCGAUUAUUAGCACAUGUACUGGACUCAGGGGCUUUCUCCAGUUUGGAAAUGUUAGCUAUGGAAUCGAGCCACUGGAAUCUUCCAUUGGUUUUGAGCAUGUGAUCUAUCAAGUGGAGCCUAGAAAAAGAGAUGCUUUGCUCUACGCUGAGAAGGAGACUGAAUUAAGGAAUCUGCAGUAUAAGAUGCAAAGUGCCAAGCUACAGCAACCUGUCUCUCACUAUCUGGAAAUACACAUUGUAGUUGAGAAACAAAUGUAUGAUCAUAUCGGUGCUGAUACAGCCGUUGUCACUCAAAAGAUUUUCCAGUUGGUUGGACUGGCAAAUGCUAUUUUUGCCCCCUUUAAUCUUACAGUAAUUCUGUCUUCCCUGGAAUUUUGGAUCGACGAAAACAAAAUCUCGACCACUGGCAAUGCCAAUGAGCUGCUCUACAGGUUCCUGAAGUGGAAACAGUCUUAUCUUGUUCUGCGUCCGCACGAUAUGGCAUUUUUACUUGUCUACAGAGAUGCUUCCAAUUAUGUUGGUGCCACCUUUCAAGGGAAGAUGUGUCACAAAGACUAUGCAGGAGCUGUUGCUCUGCACCCCAAAGCCGUAACUCUGGAAUCACUUGCAAUUAUUUUAGUUCAGCUGCUGAGUCUCAGCAUGGGGAUAGCAUACGACAAUCCGAGCAAAUGCCAGUGCAAAGCGUCCCUCUGCGUGAUGAACCCGGAAGCAAUUCACUCGAGCGGUGUAAGGACCUUCAGUAACUGCAGCAUGGAGCAUUUUUCUAAGUUUAUCUCAAGUCAAAACUCCAACUGUCUUCUGAACCAGCCAAAGCUGCAGCCAUCUUACAAGUCAUCUUUCUGUGGGAACGGAGAGUUGGAAGAAGGGGAAGUGUGCGACUGUGGCUCAAAAAUCUGCAAGGACAACCCUCCACCGUGCUGCAACCCUAACAACUGUGGUCUGUCAGAAGGUUCAACAUGCGCUAGUGGACCGUGCUGUUCUAACUGCCAAAUAAAGCAAAAAGGGGAAGUAUGCAGGCUUGCCAUUGAGGAGUGUGAUGUGACAGAGUACUGCAACGGCACAUCCGCAGUGUGUGAGGAAGACUUCUUCGUUCACAAUGGGCAUCCGUGUGCAGACGACCAGUGGAUUUGCAUCGACGGCUCAUGUCGGAGUGGAACAAGUCAAUGCCGUGAUGUAUUUGGCAAUGAAGCUGACUUUGGUACAGAUGAAUGUUAUGAAGAGCUGAAUUCUAAAACCGACGUGUCUGGAAACUGCGGUAUCAGCGAUAUGGGCUACAAGGCCUGUGCACCUAAUGACCUGAGGUGUGGGAAAUUAAUAUGUAAAUACGAAAGUGAUAAUAUCAUUAAAAUAAGAUCCGCCACCAUUAUUUAUGCCAAUAUAAGUGGGCAAAUCUGCAUUUCCCUUGAAUAUGCCCAUGAUCGUGAAGAGAACAAGAAGAUGUGGGUACAAGAUGGGACCAUCUGCAGCUUAAACAAGGUUUGCCUGAAUAAAGAGUGUGUGGAAGACACAUUCCUAGACUACGAUUGCACACCAGAAAAAUGCAACAAUCACGGUGUAUGUAAUAACAAGAAGCACUGCCACUGUCAGCCCACAUACUUACCUCCAGACUGUAAAAAUACACAAGAUGCCUGGCCCGGUGGAAGCAUCGAUAGUGGAAAUCAACAGCGAGCUGAGCCAAUCCCCAUACGGCCUUAUAUUGAAACUGCUUACCGCUCCAAGUCUACACGCUGGCCAUUUUUCUUGAUCAUCCCUUUCUACAUUGUGAUCUGUGUCCUGAUCGCCAUGCUGAUCAAAGUUCAUUCCCAGAGGAAGAACUGGAGAACUGAUGACUACUCAAGCGAUGAGCAAUUUGAGACCGAAACUGAAUCCAGAUCCAAAGACUAGUCUGGACAGCAGAGAUUCCACAGUGUCACGAGAAAUUCUCGUCAGUAGACAGGAAAAAGAGUGGAAAAGAAAAAAAAGUGCACUACCUGAUCGCCUGGAAGUCAAGCCUGCAUAUUACGGUUUCAUCUCACCAGAACUUGUAAU